AUUAAAAGAUCAGUGCUCCGCGCUACCGAGGUCAGAGGCUUGAGUCUAAGACCCAGAGCAUAUCAUGUUGAAGAUGAGCGGGUGGCAGCCACAGAACCAAAAUCAGAGCCGGAACCUGAGGAGAGAGGCCAGCCCCCUGUUUGGCUCUGCAGCCCUCUGGCCUGGGGCGCCACUGCUGAUGAAAGCAGCGUCCCACCCACUGGAAGGCAAGGAGGGUUCCCCAGGGAGGACAGCCCUGAAGAGAAACACUCUGGGCGAUAUUGCAUCUCCAGUCCCCUGGGAUAGGCAGCUGCUGCUCUGCCUCUGGGCUUCCUCCUCCCUUCCCUUGUUCCAGAAGGAAGUGUAUCUUCAUACAUCACCACACCUGAGAGCAGAGCCUGAUCCAACUGCAGACAUGGCAGCUGAGUCAUUGCCUUUUUCCUUCGGGACACUGUCCAGCUGGGAGCUGGAAGCCUGGUAUGAGGACCUGCAAGAGGUGCUGUCCUCAGAUGAAAAUGGGGGUACCUAUGUUUCACCUCCUGGAAACAAGGAGGAAGAAUCAAAAACCUUCACCACUCUUGACCCUGCCUCUCUGGGUUGGCUGACUGAGGAGCCAGGACCAGCAGAGGUCACGAACACCUCCCAGAGCCCUUGCUCUCCAGAUUCCAGUCAGAGCUCCCUGGCUCAGGAGGAAGAGGAGGAAGACCACAGAAGACCCAGGAAACGGAAACAGAGUGGCCAGUCCCCAGCUGGGGCUGGAAAGCAACGCAUGAAGGAGAAAGAACAAGAGAAUGAGAGGAAAGUGGCACAGCUAGCUGAAGAGAAUGAACGGCUCAAGCAGGAAAUCGAGCGCCUGACCAGGGAAGUAGAGGCGACUCGCCGAGCUCUCAUUGACCGAAUGGUUAAUCUGCACCAAGCAUGAACAGUUGGGACCAUCGCUUCCCCCUUGGGCCACUACCUCCCGUUCACAAAAGUGGCUGCCGAGCAUCUCCUCCAGUGCCAGUGAUGGGACCCUCAACCCCAUCUAGUCAGGAGUGGGGGAAGCUCGGGGUAGACAACAGGAAAGGGUCUCAGCAUGUAUAUAGAGAUUGUACAUUUAUUUAUUACUGUCAUAUCCAUUAAAGUCACUUUCUAUGA